CUUCUGGACCCUCCCGCGUGCCGUUCUUACCCGGCCUGCCCCGCGCCGCUGCUUCCGGAAGUGGACCUCGUCUCCUCCCAAGUAGAGCGUUUGUGCCUGAACUUGGCGGGUUUGCUACGGCACCGAAGGGCUGCAGAAGCCCGGGGGUCAGGGGCGGGCUGGUUGCCGCAAUGGCUGGGAGUCAGGACAUGUUCGACGCCAUCGUGAUGGCAGAUGAGAGGUUUCAUGGGGAAGGGUAUCGGGAAGGCUAUGAAGAAGGCAGCAGUUUGGGUGUGAUGGAGGGAAGGCAGCAUGGCACGCUGCAUGGAGCCAAAAUCGGGUCUGAGAUCGGGUGCUACCAAGGUUUUGCUUUUGCGUGGAAAUGUCUGCUGCACAGUUGCACUGCUGAGAAAGACAGCAGAAAGAUGAAAGUCUUAGAAUCAUUGAUUGGGAUGAUCCAGAAAUUCCCUUAUGAUGACCCUACUUACGAUAAACUCCAUGAAGACUUAGACAAAAUCAGAGGGAAAUUUAAACAGUUUUGUUCAUUACUCAACGUUCAGCCAGACUUUAAAAUUAGUGCAAAAGGUUCCGGACUUUCAUUUUGAGGACGAUGGAUGAACAAAGACCAGACAUCGAGGACCAGCUGACUGUGUGUGGAGUGCUUAGCAGCGCGGUGAAGGGCCAGGCGGUGCUGGGAGGGGAUUGCUGAGUGGGGAGGACGAGGGUUCCUGUCGGCCGUGGGAGAGGCGCCUUUCCCGGGGUUUUCAGCCCAUGUCAGCUUGGUGCCCGCCUCGGGGCUUCCACACACGCCCUUCGCUGGGCUGAAGCCGUCCCUGGCAGAGCCGCUGCUGGCUGCUCCUGCUGGCCCGUGUGCGUUGGCGUGGUGGCCGCUCCGGCAGCACAGGCUUGGCUGCUUCUGGGCUGGCUCUGGUUAGGGUCACUCCCCAGGCCUGGACUUGAGGCGGUUUUUUUUUUUUUUUUUUUUUCAGUGAGAGAGGCGGUUGCCCUUAACUAGGCUCAUGGGAGGUUUUGACGGGUGCUGUGCUGCCUGUUGAGGCCGUGUGCGCCUGGCGCUUCGGGACAUGCAUCCUGUGUUUUAUUUAAUCCCUUCCGGAGCCCGCAAGAUGGCUGUUAUUCCCAUUUUGCAGAAGAGAAAACUGAGACGUGAAGGGAUUGCCUGGCCUGAGGAUACCUGGCAGCGGAGCUGGGACUUCCGUCCCGAGGCCCAUGCCUCUCGCCGCCACCAGGAGCAGCCUCCUCUGGAAUGCACAGGCCGCCACCUACAGUGCUGGAGGUCCCUGCCCUCCCUCCCAGGCUGCACAGGUCCUGCCGAGCCUCGUGGAGCACGGGGGAGUCCGUGGUGGCCAGGUUGCCUGGGCAUCUGGCUGAGAGGAAGAGAGGCCAGCCCAAUCCCGAGGGGACCCGGACAUAUCCUUCACACUGUCCCCAGAGGGGCAAUGAACUUUACAGCAUUGGAAAGUGGUGAAGGGGGAAAUAUGUUGAACCAAAGACCAAAUGUUAGGCCAUCACAAUAUUUGCAGAAACUUUGAGAACGUGUGUGCAGCCUCCUGCGUUCUCCCCGCUGCUGGGAGCUCUUCUCUCUUUCAGUCCUUACGAGGCGUCAUACAGAGGCAGUGAGGUGGGCACAGAUGAGUGGAGUGCAUGGUUCCGUGGGUCCCCAUGAGCUAAGUGGUCCUGUGCAAUGGCAUGUGUUCACACACCCUCCUGCGUGUACUCCAGGGUCAACAAAGUCCCCACAUGCCGGCUCUCCCCACCUCUCCUGCUCCAGGAAGCAUGUCUGAAAGUAGUCCGUGAGAUUGCUAAGGAGUCGUCAGGAAUCCACUUUGGUUUUAGAACCACUCUAAAUGUCCUAUGGAUUGUGCAGCUGCUGGCUGCGGGAGCCAGAGCAGGGGCUCCCACGGGAGCAGCGGCAGGCAGAGAGAGAGGGUGGCUUUGAGAUGGA